CGGCGGGCCCGGGCCCCGCAGAGCUCGGCCCUGCAUGGAGCCCGCCAGCCCCCGGCCCGAGGCCCCGCGGGAGGGCGGCCGCAGGAAGCGCACGUCCUUCAGCAAGGCGCAGCUGGAGCUGCUGGUCCGCGCCUUCGAGAAGCAGCCGUACCCCGGCAUCGCGCUGCGCGAGCAGCUCGCCGGCCUCACCGACAUCCCCGAGGCCAGGAUCCAGGUCUGGUUCCAGAACAGGAGGGCCCGGCAGCUGAACCGCAAGAAGGGCGAAGCCGCCCUCCAGCCCAAACCCGUGUCCGGCAAGGAGGAGCGGAGCCACGGCGGCUGCCAGCAGCGCUGCCGAGGGGCCCUGGGGCUGGGGCCCGACCCCGGCCUCCUCGGUCUGCAGCCCGGGCUGCCGGGGGGCGGCCUGAGCUUCGGGCAGCCCUGUGCGGGGCAGCAGUACUCCAGGCUCGAUGCGCAUUUCAGGAGCUUGGAUAACGCGUUUGGAGGCUUCACCCAGACCCCGUCUCACUUCAGCACGGAUUACGUGGGAAAAGGGGUCCAGUUCGGUGCGGGAGCCGUAGGGAGUGCUCCUCAGCUCUCGCUCCCUGUCCCGCAAGUGCAGGACUAUCCCUACUGGAAGAAAUCUUUCCCUGAAAACUACUACGCAGAUGCAGAUGUUCUCCAGCCAUGUACAGAAGAUUACCAGUAUCUGUCAGCUAAAGAGAACAUGUAUAGGAGGCCUGUCUCAAACUACCUCAGUGCUGACCAAGGCCUGGUCAAUGAGAACUGUUUGUAUAUGAAGCCAGACACUUCCCCCUUCGGUAAGGGUUCCACUCUGAGUUACAGUGAAGGGGAAUCUACGCUCGAGCUUAAGCAGAUGAGGCACAGCCCACCUGUGGUUGCAGCGAGUGAUGCUAGUCCUCCUUUGGUACCUGCAAAACAUGAAGGGAGAUACCCAGGGACUGCUCCAGCCCCGUCAUAUGGGCAGCAGCUGCUGGAGACAGUAAAUGACUAUGACUCUCAUUGGCUGGGUGUAAGAAAUGAAAUCUGGGGGAAUGGCUUAGACGCAGUGUUUGAGAAUGAGCAAAAUGGGGAGCAAGGGCCUAAAAGUUAUCUUUUUGCUUUGGGUGGCCAGAGUUCAACCUGUCAUUUGGGUCACACAUGAAACUGUGACAGCGAGUCUGCCCCUUGAAAGAUGAGUGAUUUUUGUUCAAUUUGCAGUGCCAUCUAAAUUGGCUAGAGGUUUUGCAGGUCAAAGGGUGGAGUGCUUGCUGUGAGAUGUGUGUGCUGUCUGGAAGGGAAAGAAAGAUAAACACAAUUAGCAAGGUAUACAAGAGAUGACUUGCUGAAUGUGUACUGCUGCCCCUUCCCAGCCCCGUUCUGCUGCGAUUGCCACCAAGCUGCCUGCAGAGGAAUUCCUGUAUGCAUUUGUUUUUUGGUAGCUUCCUUAACCUAUAUGUACAGACUGAUCUUCACAAAUACAUCUGUACGGAGACUUAGCCAUCCAAUGCUCAGACUGUGUGGGAUUAAUUCUGCCAGGAGGCUUGAGACUAUGGAAUUGGGUUUGUAGCCUUGCUGUACAAGGUUUUCUUUUUACCUGGGUCUGAAUCCACUUUCUUUAACUUAAGAACUUGCAGAAAACAGACUUUAUUUACAGCCUCUAAUGGAGAAGGCAUUUACACAAAACGGGUAUGCACAUGGCAAGAACAAUCUGGGUGGUGGCAGGGAAUGGCUCACGGGGUGUAUUUGAGUUUUAGGUGUGCUUCUGAUAAAGGACACUCCUGGCCUUUUUCUAGAUACUUAAUGUAUAGUGUUUUCAUUUAAAAAUGACCAAAUUUGUAGCCUUCUAAAAGGCAAUAUUUUUGUGGUGUCCCGCUGUAUAAUUUUUUCAAAUUGUAUGAUUGUUAUUAUUUUAAAGGAAUGGUGUUAAUUUAAUUUAAAAAAAAAAUUCUCCUUACCAAAUGAAGGCUUUCUACCAGGGCGAUAAUGAACUUGUGGAACUGCAGUCACACAAAGAUGUAAUUGUGUUCCUGCUUUGCACUUCAUGCAGUGGGCCUGUUGUUAGACUCGUUGAGCUCCAUGGCUGUCUGGAAGACCACUGUAUUCACAAAAAAUACUCUGAUGAAAUUAAUGGGAGGGAUGUACAGCUCUGGAGGGCUUCUGCGGUUGUGUUGAAGCAUUAUCAGGCCUAGGGUGUUGAAAACUAUACAUGCAAAUCCUUUUCUUUGUACAAGUGUACGGAGAUUUUAACACAUACACUGUUAACUCCCUUUUUUAUAGAACAAAAUAAAUAUAAUAAAAUGAAACAAACA